CCCCUCCCCUCAUUUGAUUUGAUGUUUGAAGCAAUCUCUCUCCUAUCUCCUUCACUCUGUGUGCGCGCAAUCGCAUUGAAGCGAUAAAAAGAGGCACUUUUAUCUUUACUCCUCCCUCGCCAACACAGCCACAGGUGCAGUGCUACCAGAGGGUGUGAGGCAGGCCAAGCUCGAGCGGCACCAGCAGAGCGCCAUUAAAAAAUCCAAAACUUUUCCUCUAAAACAGUAGUUUUUUAAUCACUUUGCUAUUAUUCUGCAAACGAAAAAGCAUACGGAAGGAGAAGGGGCAGCAGCACAUCGCCGCACUCCCCAGCUUUUGAACUUUAAACGCGCCGCUCCCACCGUAAAGCCACUGGCCGACGAAAUCCAGCACGCAUCCAGAAGAAAAUCGUCUUCUUUCGCCCUUCUUCUUAUUCUUGUUCGUCACUGACGCCGUAGCUAUGCCCCCUGUGUAGGGAGAAGAGCGGAGAUUGGGGGUUGUCUCUGCUGUGCUGUCGGCGAGGUCUGAGGCGCUACGAUGCGUUCCCUUCUGCCUGGGUAAAGGAAGAGGAGUGGUCGCGGGAGUUGCGAGGCGGUGAGCGCCUCUGUUGUGGAAAUAUUUGAUUUUUAGGGUUUUUUUUCUCCUUCUGUGAGGGCGGAUGGAGAUGGAGUUGGUGGAAAGUGGAAAGGAGGCGCGGAAGGGACAUCAGGAAGAGGCGGUGAUGGAUGCUGGAAAGUACGUGAGGUACACGCCGGAGCAAGUGGAGGCGCUUGAGAGGGUCUAUAGCGAGUGCCCCAAGCCGAGUUCUCUCAGGCGGCAGCAGCUCAUACGGGAGUGCCCCAUCCUCUCCCACAUCGAACCAAAGCAGAUCAAAGUCUGGUUCCAGAACAGAAGAUGUCGGGAAAAGCAGAGGAAGGAAUCCUUUCGGCUCCUAACAGUUAAUCGCAAGCUCAGUGCCAUGAAUAAACUGUUAAUGGAAGAAAAUGAUCGGCUGCAAAAGCAGGUGUCUGAACUUGUUUAUCAGAAUGGCCAUAUGUGCCAGCAAGUGCAAAAUGCAUCUGUGACAACAAGAAACACCAGUUGUGAGUCUGUGAUUACAAGCGGUCAGUUUCACCAUCAGCAAAACUUAACGGCUCAGCCUCCUCAAAGAGAUGCUAAUAACCCAACCAGUCUUCUUGCAAUUGCGGAGGAGACCUUGGCAGAGUUCCUGGCAAAAGCUACUGGAACUGCUGUUAAUUGGGUUCAGAUGGUUGGGAUGAAGCCUGGUCCGGAUUCCAUUGGAAUUGUUGCUGUUUCUCACAAUUCUAUUGGAGUUGCAGCUCGAACCUGUGGCCUCGUGAGUCUAGAGCCCACCAGGGUUGCAGAGAUUCUUAAAGAUCGUCCUUCUUGGUAUCGUGAUUGUCGUUGCCUUGAUGUGCUCAGUGUAGUUCCGACUGGUAAUGGAGGAAAUAUUGAGCUUAUAUACAUGCAGGCAUAUGCGCCUACUACUUUGGCAGUAGCCAGGGAUUUUUGGACACUGAGGUAUACCACAGCUCUUGAAGACGGCAGUCUCGUGACCUGUGAGAGGUCAUUGACUCCUGCAACUGGUGGUCCGGCUGGGCCAUCGGCUCCAAGCUUUGUACGAGGGCAAGUACUUCCCAGUGGUUUUCUAAUUCGACCUUGUGAUGGUGGUGGUUCGAUGAUUCACAUUGUAGAUCAUAUUGAUUUAGAUGCAUGCAGUGUACCUGAGGUUCUAAGACCCUUGUAUGAAUCAUCAACAUUUCUAGCGCAGAAACUGACCCUUGCUGCCCUUCGCCACCUAAGACAAAUUUCUUUUGAGGCUAGUGCUGACGUUCAGUGUAGGAGUCAACAACCUUCUGUUUUGAGGAUUUUGAUGCAGAGAUUGAACAGAGGUUUCAAUGACGCAGUGAAUAGCUUUGCUGAUGAUGGUUGGUCUUUACUGGGCAGUGAUGGUGUUGAUGAUGUUACCAUUGCUGUAGAUUCUUCCUUGAAUCGAAUUAUAGGGUCUCAUAGUAAUUCUUCAGCAAUGUUUUCGACCAUAGGCAGCGGUAUUCUCUGUGCAAAAGCAUCAAUGUUGCUGCAGAAUGUACCACCUGCAAUACUGGUUCGAUUUUUGAGGGAGCAUAGAUCAGAAUGGGCUGAUUGUGCUGUUGAUGCUUAUUCGGCUGCAUCACUAAGAGGUUGUACCUAUUCAAUCCCUACCGUUAGAGUCAAUUCUGGCCUUUUGGGCAAUCAGGCGAUACUUCCUUUAGCUCACACUAUCGAACAUGAAGAGUCCUUGGAGGUGGUCAAGAUCGAGGGUCAUUGUUUCAAUCAAGACGUCAAUUUAUCCUCCAGGGAUAUGACCUUGUUACAGCUUUGCAGUGGAAUUGAGGAGAAUGCUAUCGGUGCCUGUGCUCAGCUUGUCUUUGCGCCCAUCGAUGAAUCUUUUACAGAUGAUGUUCCUUUGCUGCCCUCAGGCUUUCGUGUUAUACCACUGGAACCUAAAUCAGAUUCCUCUGCUCCUUCACGAACCCUCGAUUUGGCAUCCACACUAGAGACUGGUUCUGGUGCUGCUCCACGGUCCACUAAUGAGACUGCUUCAACUGCCUACAAUCUGCGAUCGGUCCUCACAAUAGCCUUCCAGUUCACAUUUGAGAAUCACCUUCGAGACAAUGUAGCAGCAAUGGCUCGACAAUAUGUUAGAAGUGUGGUUUCCUCAGUUCAAAGAGUUGCUAUGGCUAUUUCUCCAACACCAGGCUUUCAGAUUGGAUCCAAAAUUCUUCCACCUGGCUCUCCUGAAGCUAACACUCUGGCACAAUGGAUUUUCCGAAGCUACAGGGCUCAAACUGGAGCUGCACUACUUCAGAUAGACUCACAAGCUAACGACUCCUUGUUGAAAAUGCUUUGGCAGUGUUCGGAUGCAAUCAUGUGCUGUUCUUUAAAGACCUCGCCUGUUUUUACCUUCUCAAACCAAGCUGGUCUUGAUCUGCUGGAAACCACACUGAUAGCACUGCAAGACAUUAUGCUGGAAAACAUCCUAGACGAUAGUGCCCGAAAGAUGCUUUGCUCGGAGUUCCCAAAGAUCAUGCAACAGGGCUUUGCUUAUCUUCCCGGCGGUGUCUGCCUGUCGAGCAUGGGGAGGCCGGUGUCAUACGAACAGGCUGUUGCGUGGAAGGUCUUGAAUGAAGAGGGUUCAACCCACUGCCUUGCUUUCAUGUUUGUGAACUGGUCUUUUGUUUAAGUCCCAAUUUCAGUUAUUCUAGAUCUGUGAGCUUGUAAAAGUGGUUGAAACAACAAAAGUCAUGCAUCUCAUUUUGCUUAAGCCUGAAGUUGGCAAGAACUUGUGUUGCAACAUCUACUGAUCUAUCUAGAAAACAAUGUUAUGUAAUCUUAUAGUCCAAUUUAUCUUGUUAUCAUUGUUAUUUGGGCAAAAUCAAAACAGUUCUCAAA